AUGGCUAUACGACCGAUACUACUACUACGAAUUCGUCCGCGACUCUUAAUUUAUAAACCUUGGAUCCGCAACUUGGCUUCAACCUCAUCGCAGGCAUCUUGUAUAAAAAACUACACCAAUGAUACAUCGCCCCCCUUUUCAGAGGAACCACAGGCAUCUUGUACAACAGACUACACCAAUGAUACAUCGCCACCCUUUUCAGAGGAACCACAGGCAUCUUGUACAACAGACUACACCAAUGAUACAUCGCCACCCUUUUCAGAGGAACCACAGGCAUCUUGUACAACAGACUACACCAAUGAUACAUCGCCACCCCCCUUUUCAGAGGAACCGCGAGUCAAUCAAGUUGGUAUCCAAUACUUGUCAAAUCAACUACACUCAAAAGUAUUCCCAACAACGAAAAAUGACGAUUACAAAACUCCAAGACUUCCACAGCUACUACAAGCAGCAAAGAACCACUUGAGAGAAAACGAUCUACUAGGUAAAAAGACUCAACUUAGUGAACCAAUCACUAUAAAGGGAUUCCCCGAUUUGGUUGGCAAAACCCUAGACGAACAUUUUUAUAAAUUAGGUCAAAAAUUCGCUGACCCAUACUUAUCAAUGGCACAAGACUUUUUGCUGCCAAAUAGCCUGCUUCCAAAGAGACCAUCCUUAGAAUCUUGGAUCUUGCAACCGGGCUGGACACGGUAUACAAUGGGUGCAGAUCCAGAACAAGUACCACACCCAAUGGAAGAUAGUUUGGUAUUCGAUGUUGAAGUCUUGUACAAAGUUUCAAAGUACCCUGUUUUGGCAACUUGCGCCUCUUCAAAAGCUUGGUAUGGCUGGGUCUCUCCAGCACUUGUACAACUUGCUCAGAACCCAAAGGCUCAGCUCGAUUUCAAUCACUUGAUUCCUAUGGAUUGUGCUAAGCGCCACAAGUUAAUUAUUGGCUACAACGUUAGUUACGAUAGAGCUAGGAUAUUGGAGGAGUACAAUAUAAAACGGUCCAAAGCAUUAUACUUGGAUGGCAUGGCACUACAUGUUGCCACUAGCGGUAUAUGUUCGCGUCAGCGUUUCAAAUGGCAAAAAUACAAUGCAAACAGAAAUAAAAAAUCUCUUAAAGAAGAUGAUGAAGACGAUGAUAUUGAUAAUGAUAAUGAUAACUUAGUUUUGAAAAAUGAUUUGGAUGCAUUUACAGCAUCCCCCGAGCUGUUUAUUGAAGAAGAUCCUUGGUUAUUACAAGGCACACCAAACUCCUUAGCUAAUGUCGCUGAAUUUCAUUGCAAUAUUAUUAUGGAGAAACAAAUUCGUGAUCAUUUCUCUUCCCUAAAUCCUAUGGAGAUUAUCGAAAAUUUCCCAAAGUUGAUGGACUAUUGCGCUAAUGAUGUCGAUGUCACGUUCCAAGUGACCAAAAAACUAUUUUCAACUUUUUUCCAAAAAAUACCUCAUCCCGUAUCAUUUGCUGCUUUGAAACAUUUGGGCACCUUGAUCCUACCAACAACAACAAAAUGGCAGAAAUAUAUAGAUUCGGCUGAAGCUUGUUACGAAAAAAAUAGAGUAGAGGUGAUCAAUACACUAGAAGGGUUAGCUAACGAGUUGGUUAGAUAUAUUACUGAAAACAAACCUGAAUUAGAGCCAGAUCAUGAAAAGGACCCAUGGCUAAGCCAAUUAGACUGGACUUUGAAAAAAGAAAGAUUAAAGAAGGAUGGUACGCCAUAUAAGAACAAUGCCUUUAUGACUGGGUUUCCUGAAUGGUAUAGAGAUUUAUUCAGGGCUAAAAAGGGGGUUGAAAUGAAUUUAACUUUGAGAACUAGAAUCACUCCAUUAUUGUUGAGGUUAAAAUGGGAAGGGUAUCCUUUAUUCUGGACUAAUUCUAAUGGAUGGUGCUUCAAAGUGCCAUUUGAUGCGGAAAUACAUGAUCAACUAAAGGAAAGAAACUAUACAAAAGCCAAGCUCAGUGAGGAAGAAAUGGAACAAUUUCACGAUGCGUUACAAGAAGAUGGUCAAUCGUUUGUCUUGUUCAAACUUCCGCAUCCAGAUGGCCCCACACAGAGAUGUACCACAGUCUUAUCCAAGGGGUAUGUUCGAUACUUUGAAGAUGGCACAUUAACAUCUCCUUAUGAUUACGCAGCAAAGAUUGUUAAACUCAAUAAUGAGGCAUCGUACUGGGCCAGCAACAGAAACCGUAUAAUGGACCAGUUUGUUGUUUUUAACGAAGAAGGCAAAAACAAGUUUUUUGACACCAAAAAGGAAAGUAGAGAAUAUAAAGAUGUGGGAUUAAUUAUUCCUCAAUUGGCUUCAAUGGGGACUGUUACCCGUCGUGCUACUGAGAAUACCUGGCUAACUGCAUCUAAUUCUAAAAGGAAUCGUAUAGGGUCAGAACUUAAAUCUUUGGUUGAAGCACCCGAGGGGUAUUGUUUUAUUGGAGCUGACGUUGAUUCUGAAGAGCUAUGGAUAGCGUCACUAGUAGGGGAUUCGAUGUUUGAAAUACACGGAGGUUCUGCAUUGGGGUGGAUGACUUUGGAAGGUGAGAAAUCGCAAAAGACUGAUUUACACUCCAAAACGGCACAAAUUUUAGGUAUUUCUCGUAAUGAUGCUAAAGUUUUUAAUUAUGGUAGAAUUUAUGGUGCUGGGGUUAAAUUUGCAAUUAGGUUGUUAAAGCAAUUCAAUUCGAAAAUCAGUGAUGCAGAAGCUGAAUCUACCGCACGCAAAUUAUAUGCCAGUACCAAGGGAAAAAUUGGAGUUUGUUCUGCUACAAAGCAACAAUUGUACCACGGCGGUAGCGAAUCUGUAAUGUUUAAUGCUUUAGAGGCUAUUGCCAAGUUACCCGAACCAAAAACACCAGUUUUGGGUGCGAGAAUCACCGAUGCUUUAAAGGCAAGUAAUUUAAACAAGAAUACCUACAUGACAUCAAGAGUCAAUUGGACCAUUCAAAGUUCUGGUGUUGAUUAUUUACACUUGUUGAUUGUUUCCAUGGAGUAUUUAAUUGAGAAAUACAAUAUUGAAGCAAGGUUAGCAAUAACUGUUCAUGAUGAAUUGAGAUAUUUGGUUAGAGAGAAGGAUAAAUACGUGGCGGCGUUAUUGCUACAAAUUAGUAAUUUAUGGACUAGAGCCAUGUUUUGUGAGCAAUUGGGCAUCAAGGAAGUACCUCAAUCGUGUGCAUUUUUUUCCGAAGUUGAUAUUGACCAUGUUUUACGUAAGGAAGUUAAGAUGGACUGUGUAACGCCAUCGCAACCUAAUGCAAUUCCAGCUGGUGAGUCAUUGAGUAUCACUGAGUUAUUGGAAAAGACGAAUGGUGGAGAGAUACUAAGUCAGUGUAAUCCAAAACCAUUAACUUUGAGGACUACCAAGUAUCAAGCGAGGUCCCCAAUAAUUUACGAAUUAAACAAUAAUUUAUCUUCAAGGUCUAAAAUUGAUUUGAUCAGAUUACAAACAUCAGUAGACAAGCAAGAAUGGAAGAAAAAUGUGCGUACAUUUUCCAAACACUUGAGACUUGAUUUGACAGAGAAUGUAAAGAAUUCCGAGAGUAAAAGAGAAGAAGACCAUAUAUUGUUUCCCAAGGAGAAUGCUAUUACGAAAAAGAAGCCAGCUUUUGCUAAAGAAAAUGGACCAACUAGAAAAAAAAGACUUGUUGAGUUUGAUUUGGAGGAACCGAAACCCGAGGAAAUGAAGGAAGAGAGGAAGUACAAGAAAUCUUCAAGACCAAGUCAAAAGGUGCAGGAGAAAGACAGGAUAAACAAUAAGAAGAAAGCAAGCUCAAGCAAGAAACAAAAGAUUUUAAAAGUAGAGGAGGACCAAGUCAAAUUAGAGAAAGGAACCUCUAAUGCGAGAAGAACAGCUGCUAUUGACAAAUCUGCUGAAGAAGAAGUUAGCACGACUUGUUUAGAGCGUACUCAAUAUGCGCUGCCACCACUACCACCACCACCACCAUCAUCAUCAUCAUCAUCACAACUACAACAACAACAACGAGAAGAAGAAGAUUAUUUUCAACAUAGCCUACCUACAACCAAAACAAAAGACAUCCAAUAUCUACCGAAAAGUGUUCCAAGUACAAAUAGUUUUAGAACCCCGUUUAUUUCACAAAGGAACCUACAUUUGUGGAGUAAAGUAUCGCCGUGUUUUGAAACUACGCAAUCCCUUGUUGCUGAUAAUAAAUAUAAGUUAGAUAAAUUCAUGGUUUCAUCUAAUGUUAGAAGCACAUCUUUUGAAGAAAAAGAAAAAGACGGAUUUGGAGAUAAUCGAACACGACGACGAGGUGGAAAAGAAACACGACUAACAAAACUAGUUACAGAAGUUACCAAAACGCAAGUUGGAGAAGCACCAAUUUGUUUCUCUCGAUACGUAUUGAAUGCUCGAGUCGGAAUGAAAUAUUAUCAUGCCCCAUUCCGAGAUACAAGAAUAAAAUGCUGGUGA